AUGGAAGAGUUCCAACCUACGGAACACCAGCACGUAAGAUACAAUCCGCUGAAGGACGAAUGGAUCUUAGUAUCCCCGCAUCGAUGCCGCCGACCAUGGAGUGGGCAGACGGAACAACCUCCCGAAGAACCACCACUAGAUCCCAACAAUCCGUUGAGAGCUGGCGCAGUCAGAUCAAACGGACAGCGCAACCCUAACUAUACAUCGACAUAUGUAUUCCCUAAUGACUUCCCAGCUUUAUUGGAGAAGGUGCCAGAACCUCCGCAACCGGAGCAUCCAUUGUUCCAGGCGGCUCAAGCUAAGGGGACAUGCAGAGUCAUGUGCUUCCAUCCCGAUUCAGCGAUGACCAUACCUCUAAUGUCGGUGGACGAGAUACUGUCAGUUAUCAAUGAAUGGAUCGAACAGAUCAAGGAACUUGGUCGGCGCUACACUUGGGUGCAAAUUUUCGAGAACAAAGGAGCCGUUAUGGGCUGCUCUAAUCCUCACCCGCAUUGUCAGAUCUGGGCCUCCAGCUUCCUACCCAAUGAGCCCAGGGUAAAGGAUAGGUGCCAAAAAGAAUACUAUAAUAAACACGGAAAGGCAUUGCUAGUUGAUUACGUCGAGCAGGAACUGAAACAAAAGGAGCGGAUUGUCAUACAGAACUCAGAAUGGGUAGCCUUGGUGCCGUAUUGGGCGGCAUGGCCUUACGAGACUAUGGUCCUACCCAUCAACGGCAGCCCGCAGAGGAUGACCGAUCUGAACGCAGAACAGAAGAGAGCAUUGGCGGAAAUCAUGAAACAGUUGAACACCAAAUACGACAACCUAUUUCAAUGUAGUUUCCCAUACAGCAUGGGGUGGCACGGCGCUCCCACCGGUCCGUCUACUACCCAAGGAGAUUCCCCCCAUUGGCUCUUACACGCACUAUAUCUACCCCCACUUCUCCGCUCAGCUACUGUGAAAAAGUUCAUGGUUGGCUACGAAAUGCUGGCACAACCUCAGCGAGACCUCACGCCGGAACAAGCGGCCGAGAAGCUGAGACAGUGCGAUCAUCAAGAGCAUUACAAAAACAGAAAAACGAAAUGA